AUGGAAGAUCAACCGCAAGGAACGUUACAAAACGUUCUAGAACAAGAAUCUCUCAAGUGGGUUUUCGUUGGUGGCAGAGGUGGUGUUGGAAAAACCACAUGUUGGAAAAACUACAUGCAGUUCUAUCCUCUUUAUCCUUCUCGCUUCUGUUCGCUCUUCCGUUCUCAUCUCAACGGACCCUGCUCACAAUCUCAGCGAUGUUUACUUUUUAACUAUGCUUCACGAAAACCCCUACUUUGGUUAAUGGUUUAUCCAAUGUAUAUGCAACAGUUCGGAUCAAUACUUUGUUCUCUGAAUCCUGGUGCAAUUCCUGGAAUUGAUGAGGCUAUGAACUUUGCUGAGAUGUUGAAGGAGAUUAUUGUUUAUUGA